AUGGCUGAAGCUGUGAUUGAAACUGUUCUUAGGAGUUUAAGUUCACUGGCUCAAAAGGAGAUUGGCCUAUUUCUUGGUUUUGAUCAAGAAUUUGAAAAGAUUUCCAGCUUGCUCACUACAAUCAAGGCUACUCUUGAAGAUGCUGAGGAGAAACAAUUCACUGAUAAAGCUAUACAGGAUUGGCUGCAAAAGCUGAAAGAUGCAGCUCAUGUCCUUGAUGACAUCUUGGACGAGUGUGCCACUAAAGCAGUGGAGUUGAAGUACAAAGGAUUCAAGCAUGGACUCUCUUUCUUAUCCUCUUUGAAUCCUAAACAUGUUGCAUUUCGUUACAAAGUUGCUAAGAAAAUGAAGAGCAUAAUGGAGAGACUCGAUCAAAUUGCUGAAGAAAGGAAGUUCACUUGCCAGAGACGGCUAGAGAGAGGAGAACUGGAGUCCCUUACAAAAUAA